AUGGCCGUGCCGCUGCUUGCAAAGAGGAUCGUGAAGAAGCGCACGAAGAAGUUCAAGAGGGCCCAGAGCGACCGCAGGAUCUGUGUCAAGGUCAUGCACUAUUCCCUUCUUCUUCCCCCGCUCCUCCCCAAUAUUUUUUGAGAGCAGCUAGUGUUUAUCUUUUUAGCACUCGCAUCAGUCGAACAAUUUAAUGUCUUCUAAACUCGUACGGUUGGCUAUUCAUGUAUUCCAAUGAUUAUUGACUGGUUUAUGUGUUCUUGUUUACUUAUCUGAAAUCAUCUCUAAUAGAGAACAAAGUAUUUAGUCUUUUGGAUCAUGGAAGACAUAAUUUUCUUUGUUACGGAGAGUUUUUAUAAGAUUUGUUAAUGAUAUGGCUUAUAUUUUAUUAGAUUCUGGUCAGUGUCUUCUCUUAAUAUAAGAGUGACCUGUUUGAAGUUUUUGGUUGAUGAGGCCAUGUAAUUGUUCCUCCAUGCUGAAGUCUCUGGGAAAUAGAAUCAAUUAGAAGUUAUGUAUUUGGUACAGGCCAGAAAAAUAAUUCACAUACCAGGAUUUCUAUUGCGAACGAAUAAUCUCUCAAAUGGGAUUUUUAUGUACCCUCAAAGGUGGAACCUUUGGUGAGUUUUUUUAAGCAUAUGAAGCAGAGUAAUCAAUCUUUUAAAUAUGCCCCAGUAAUAUGAGAACAGUUUGAUCUUGUUCACGCGGACAGGCAACCUGGUGGUAGAUUCUAGAGCAUUUCAUCUUCGGCUGUCAAUUUUGGAUAUUAUAUUCAUAAUGAAUUAUAUUUUUAAUAAAUUGAUCCGAUUGUAUCGGGUGGUUAUUAGUCCCAAUAUUUUUACCCUGCUGAGUCAUAUUUUUACUGGAAGAGAAAACUCUAAAGUUUCUGAAAUAUUUUUAAAAAUCCAAAACCCGGUGGAUAUUUCUCUAGUUUUGAAUUCAUCUCUUUUUAUUGAUCAAGAAUUUUGUGAACUGGAGCCAAUAUUGGAUUCGACCCUGAAUCUGUUAAAUUGAUUUUGGUUCUAUGAUGACAGACAAACUGGCGCAGACCCAAGGGUAUUGAUUCUCGUGUCAGAAGGAAGUUCAAGGGAUGCACUCUCAUGCCCAACAUUGGCUAUGGUUCCGACAAGAAGACCCGCCACUAUCUGCCGAAUCGGUUCAAGAAGUUUGUGGUCCACAAUGUCAAGGAACUGGAGCUGUUGAUGAUGCAUAACAGGUUAUAGUCUGCACCUUCAAUGACCCUCUCUAUUACUCAUGGCUUGCACUGAUUAACGACUUUAGGGUAACUCUCUCUUUCUUUCUCUCUCUCCCUUGCUGGUUGGUACUGUGGAGGGUUGGGCCGGUCCUCUCUGGGCCGGGCCCGGGCUUCACAAUGUGUUCAGUUAUUUGAGGCAAUUUUUCAGGCUCUUCUCUGGUAUGGGCCCAUUGAUGCCCAUUUAUACCUUUAGGGCCUACAUUGAUGGAUGAAUUGUAUAAAUUGCUUGCAUUAUUGUAACUCUCUCUCUCUUUCUCUCUCUCUCUCUCUUCAGGACUUACUGUGCCGAGAUUUCCCAUGACGUGUCAACUAGGAAGCGCAAGGAGAUUGUGGAGCGGGCUGCUCAGCUGGACAUCGUGGUCACUAACAAACUGGCGAGGCUGCGCAGCCAGGAAGAUGAGUGA